AUGGCCCUAAGUGCUUUUAAAAGAAAGCAUGACGUUCCUCCUGGGUUUGAGAUUGAUCGGAUCGUGAUCGACAUUUUAUCGGAUGAAGAGGAUGUUACAAUUGUACCGCCUCCACCUAAGAGGCAUAAAUCAGCAACUCCAGUUCUGGAUGGUGGUUCACGUCCUCAGUCACGUGAUGGUUCCCGUGACUCGAAUUCCACUCUUGCUUCGGUUUCCAAGUUGAUAUCUCCAAGUCCAGCGCGUGCUCUUGGUUUCCAGAAACCAACAGUUCCACCACCACUCCCCAAACAACGACUGUCCACCUCUCAUCAAAACUUGUUUCGACCUCGAGAAAAAAUUCACUCAUCCGUCCACGCUCUCAGCCCCGCUACCACCACAAAUGGUGCUGUUCGUACAAAUUCUUUCAAUGGAUAUCGAAAAUCGGAAAACACAAAGCCUUCACCCUCUCACUCAACAUCUGUGGCUUCACCAUCCAACGGCUCUGGUGGUCGCUUCCUCUCGUCGGUAAAUCUACCUACGCGUCAGACUUCGGUGCCUCAGCCAGUCUUGAAGACCAUUGACAAGUUUCAAGUUGCCCCCAAACCUUUGGGUCGACCGAGGCUGGUGCAGCACAGUACUCCACCACCCAAACUAAAGGCACCUAGCCAACCUCCGACACCUUUACAGGCGAACAUUGAACUUGUGAUAGAAAAUACGCUGCGACAAUGGACAGGGCCCCCUCCCAAGUCUGCUGCAACCUUGAAUGCCGAGAGAAAGGCAGAGAGAAAAGCACUCUUGAAAGACUUGAAGGUCAGCACAGAAGUUGCCAAGAAGAGACCAGAUGAUGUUGAACGCCAUUUUGGUCAGACGGGCUUCUCCAAGGCCUUCAGUACCGAGAUCACUGAGAACGAACUCGCGUUGCGAACCAGAUUAGCGUCACAGAAGAAGAAAAAGCAGUCAGUCACGGCGGUGGAUCGACAUUUAGAUAUCGAUAGCGAGCUCGCCAAGUCUCUUGACAAUCUCAUCAUUUCCGACAAGUCCUCGAUAAUUACACCUGAGCAGUCGACUCGAGUCCUUCUGACUAAUAGAUUCAACGAGGAAGUCAAUCCGCCCUUGUCCUUUGCCAACAACGUCAAUGAAAAGCUCUUGCACGGCAAGUUUCAAUUCACUGAUCGAUACAUUCUUCGACCUGGUAUCAAGGAGGCCGCGCUAAAUACAAACUUCGGAUGUACUUGUGGCGGAGAAUGUGGUCUUGACUCGUGCCAAUGCUUCACCAGAACAGCCACGGAUGUAACCAGCAAGAAACCGAUCUCAAUUGGUCAGCGACAAACUUAUUUUCGAAGACCGGAUGGAAUUAUUGUGUUGACAAACAACUAUAUCGCACAGGAGCUUCAGGAUGAAGUCCAACAUUUCGAAAUUACGGAGUGUAACGACUGUUGUUCUUGUGGUGAUGACUGCACAAACAAAGUUGUCAGCAAGGGGCGAACCGUUCCACUCGAGAUAUUCCAAACUGCAAAGUGCGGAUUCGGUGUGCGUUCUUCCGUUGACAUUGUGAAAGGUCAAUUCAUCGAACUCUACCUUGGCGAAGUUAUUACCGAAACUGAACUAGAGCGAAGAGAGCAAGCAGCCGAUGAAGGUUCACCCUCCUACAUUUACUCGCUCGAUUGGUUCACUGGUGUCGACAAUCGCUGCUACCAUGUCGAUGGGGAAAUCUUCGGCACCGCAAUGCGGUUUGUUAAUCACUGUUGCGCACCAAACGCCCGGUGCUUUACUGUCACGACGCAUAAACGUGAUGAGAAACUCUACUAUCUCGCUUUUUUCGCGAUUGAGAACAUCCCGGCAGGAGUCGAAAUCAGAAUCGACUACCAUGGUGGUGGUAGAAAACUGGUUGGAGAAGACGGCCUUCCUGUCAGCAGCCAAGAAAAAGGAGACCCAACUUCCGAUGAUCCAGAACUAGUCCCUUGCUACUGCGGUGCAAAGAAAUGCAGAAAAAUUCUCUGGAAUCCUACCAAACAGAAACGCGCUGGGCGACGUAGCAAACGACACGAAUAA